UCGGCGUCCCGGCCUUCUGGGGGAGGGCGCGCAUGCGCCGGCCCGGGCCUCCUCCGGCGACCCCGGCAUGUGCACAGGCUCCGCCCCGUCCCCUUCCUCUGUGCGGGCGCGCCGCACCGCUGCAGCAUUCCCGGGCCGCGGCGGCACCCGGGUUCCAGGCGCGGCCCGGGCUCCGGUCUGCACAGGCUCAGGCCUCCCUCCGCCACCCGAGGGCCGGAGGCAGGAGGACGCUUCCCGCGCCCUGGGGCUCGGUCGGGCCCCGCGCUACUUUCGGGGUACUGUGCUGCUGCUGCUCAUCCGCUGCGGCGCGAGCACGCCGUGGGACCGCUGCCUCCGCGGCCCGGGGUGACCGGGCCGGCCCGCGGGUUGUGUCCAGCUCCGAACGCAGGGAAAGACCCCCCUGCGGGGCCCGAGUUCGAAGCCCGGCCUCUCCGCCCCUCGGAGGCGGAAGUUUAUUGAGUACGGGAGUAGACGGGGGAGGCUUUUCCCUGGGCUGCUUCCUACCCGCUCGCACUGGGAGAUCCUGGCGCCCGCGAGGCCGAGCCGCGGGCCGGAGGGCUACCCAGCCCGGCUCAGGGUGCGAGCUAGCUGAGACGGAGGACCGGGCCCCGCCGCCCGGGCGCACAAAGUAGUCACGGGCCAAGGGGUGCCGCCGGGGCCAAUCAGAGCCGGGAGCCCAGUGAGUGGAGUGCGAACUGGCCAAUCAGAGGCCCGGAAGUGGUUGCCAUAUGCCUUUUCACCUAUGUAUUUUGCGGGAAAUCACGCAAAGGAUAAUACUGUUACUACUACGGACAAGAAGGUGCCGCCAGCAAAUCCGAACCUUAAGACAAGACUUUGCCAAGUUGCCCAUAUUAGCCUUGCCAAGCACUGAGAAGCAUGCACCUCCACAUGCAGUGAGACUGGGAUUGCUGAAGAGGGUGAAGCAUUUGCCUCAGGCUCGCAAACAACGACCCCAGGAAGCAACCCAUCCACCUCCUUCACACAAUUUGAGCAAAUGAUCUACCUACCUUUGAUGUUAAAGCACUGAGAUUUGGCUGUAUUUUUUAUUUAUUUAUUUUUUUUUUUUACUGCAGUGUGACCUAGAAUCUAAGUUAUGUUAGGUAGAUUGUACUAGAAUCAGAGUAGUCCCAAAGUAUUAUAAUUAAUCUCAAUAUUGUUACAUUCCUGGAGUAAACCAGCCCCAUUGGACCAAAAGGUCGACUUUCAGACCAUGCUUCAGAGAGAGGAUUCUCUUUCCCCUAGGUGUGAAUAAGUCAGCCUAUAAACCAAAGUGCUGCGGACAUCAGUGUGCAAGCUGAACUGGCUGUAAAAUGAACACACUAAAGAUGACAGCGAGACAGGAAAACUCUGGAAAAUACAAUUGAGCUGAGGGUCAUACCACUUGAGAAGGCUGUUGUUUCUGAACUCUUGAUUCUGCAAAAUGAUAAUGCCAUUUGUUUGUUCCCUUAUAACUCUUGUAGGUAGAAACUUCAUUUUGUAUGUAUUUAAUUUCAUCAUCGUUUUCAACAAAGGGUUAUUAGUUCAAAAGUACUUUUCAGAAAUAUAGUAUGCACUGGAAAAUUUUAAAACAUUAGCUUUCAUUACUGCCUUCUGAAAUAUCUCAAUUGAUAAAUGGAAGAAAGUAAUUUAAUCCAGUCAUUUUAGAUGAAGAGAGUAAGACUGGAGAUUACAAGAUGUAUCAAAUUCACCCAGCUUCAUUAUGGCAGAUGUGAGGGUUGAAAAAGAACAACUGAUAGCUUUCAUUAGAAAAUUGGACUGUCAGGUCAGGUGGUGGUGAUACAUACCUUUAAUCUCAGCACUCAGGAGGCAGAAGCAGAUGGGUCUCUGAGUUUGAGGCCAGAUGUUACAGAAUGAGUUCCAGGGCAACCAGGGCUACACAGAGAAACCCUGUCUCAGAACAAAAAAGGAAAGAAGAAGAAAAAAAAAAAAGACUGUCUAAGCUAAUGGUGCUCUCUCUAAGAGUCAAAUACCAGGUAACAAAAAUCCCAAUACUAGACAUAAGAAGGCCUCUUGAGUUGUCAGUAAGGGCUGUCCUUGAGACCCCCCAAGCAUAUAGCCUAUUGCUGUUGUCCUUGGUUGUCUGGGAGCAGAGAUGGAAGGUAAGUUGCUAUUGCUAAAAACAUCGUGCACUUCAGAAACAGGGACCAGAGGCCCCUGAGCUGGAACUGACUUGAAGGACUCCUCCAUGAGGAUUAGCUUUCGCAUUACCAGUAGGCAUGCAAGCUUCCAGAGGAGGGAGGAAAGCAACAGUCCUGCUCAACUAUUGAUGCCUGUGAACCACGUCAAUGACCAGCAUGGCACAAUAAGGGUGCAGUAGUGGCAUGAAUAAUUUGGUGGUAACCAACAGCUCUCUAAUUGUACUUUACCACCCACUCAACAAGAGGAAAAACAUGCCCGGUAGUGGAAACCUAGCCAGCUGCCCAAGGCUAAUGAAGUCAUGGUUAUUGGAGGAGACGCUAUAACCACUAAUUUACUAAGCUAGCAUAAUCCAUCGUCACACCCUAUAAACAUUUGAUCGUGUACCCACAGAUAAUUGUAGCCUUCACUUAUCGCCAAGGAAACGUCUGUUCGCAAAAGAUGGAUACUACUACAGAAUACCACAACCAAUCACUAUGCAAAGUUGUAGAAUCCAGUCCUGAUGGGUACAUCUAUCCAACAGUCCCAUAUCUAUGGCUCAAGGAACACUGUGGAAAAGGGACUGGAAAGACUGUAAGAGCCAAAGGAUCAGGGGGGUUGCUGUGAGAUUGUGUCUUUAAUAACAUCAGAAACUACACCAAGUGGGAACUGAACAAGGAUGACAACAAAGGUCAUGCCAAGGUAGACAGGGGAGAGGCCCGUGAGACUUCAACCCUACACAAAGAACUACAGGCAAUUGAGGAAAUCUGUGGGUGACAGAGGUGGAUUUGUUCCCCAGAGUGGAGCAUACCACUUGGCUGUCCAGUGCCAAACAAUUAGUCCUGAAAACAUAUAUGCAAAUAACAUUGUACAAACUCAAUGGCUUAUAUUUAGGAGUAUAUAUAUAUUCCUUGGUGGCUAAGAGAAUAUGUGGUGCAAGCACUAGAACCAGAGUUCAGUCGCCAGGGCCUGUAUUUUAAAACGGAGAGUCAGACAUGGCAGCCCAUGUCUAUAACCCCAAUAAAGAGAACCAAGACAAGCAAGGUGGCCCCCCAGCUUACUUGAAACACCAAAUUCAGAUUCAGGGAGGAGACCCUGUCCCUAGGGAAGGACAGAAAGGAAUGGAGGAAGACAUCCAACAUCUUCCUGUGGAUUCUGCACGACUGUUCAUGGGCACAAGCACAUGAAUCUAUCACCCCAUGACACACCCAUACACAAAGCCCAAAUAUAAAUAAUAUACAUAGCCUGAAUUUAAUCCUAAAUUCAGAUUUUUCCAUCUGUGAAAAGGGAUAAUAACAAGUUUAUAGAGCUACAAAAGAGGUAAUAACUCAAUAUAUUAAAAAGCAUCAAGCACCAAGCUAACAAACAGUAAGCCUUAUUUACAAUACAGCCUUGUUAAACAAGUUUAUCGGUGACUAAUUUUGUCUACAUCCUCAUUAACCAUUUAGCUUGAACCACCAACCUAUAUUCUUACAUCAUAUGUGUAGACACUUUUUAAUUAUGUGUGAUUUGUGGCCAAUACCCACAAAAAAAAAAAAAAAAA